UUUGUAAACAAAAAAAAAAAACAAAUUUUGAAAUAUUAUUGCUUCCAGAAAUUACAAAAAAUAAUCACACAAAAUUAUUAAAAAAUAGUAAUUGAAAAUUCACAGCCAUACAUUUGGCAUUGCUAUAAUUCGAAAAAUUUGCCAAUAUAUUUAUACAACAGAAUGGCUGUACCGUUUUCUUUAACAUUAAACGAUGGCAAUAAAAUGCCUUCAAUUGGCAUUAAUACGUGGAAUCUUGAUAUCGAAGACUUGGAUUUCGUUAUAAAGGAGGCAUUAUUUGUCGGGUUUCGCCAUAUAGAUACGUCGGUUUUCAAUUUAAAUGAAAAACUGUUGGGGAAAGUGCUGAAAAAUCUCAUUGCUGAAGAAAAAAUUAAGCGAACAGAUUUAUUUAUAACCACCAAGCUUCCGCCAACAGCCAAUAAGCCCGAACUUGUGGAGACUGCAUUACUACAAUCGCUGAAUAAUUUACAGUUGGAAUAUGUUGAUCUCUAUCUGAUACAGUUACCCGUUGCAUUAGUGUACGACGAAAGUUUUGAAGUGAUAAAACGGCAAAAAAAUGGUUUAGUUUGUUUUGAAAAUACGGACCAUGUACUCGUUUGGCAGAAAAUGGAGGACCUAGUCAUAAGAGGACUUGCAAAGUCAAUCGGUUUGGCGAAUUUCAAUAUGAAACAGAUUACAAAUAUAAUUUGCAAUUCCAACAUUCCACCAGCUGUUCUACAGAUCGAGUAUCACAUAUACUUACAACAACCCGAAUUAGUGCAAUUUUGUCAGACACAUCGUAUUACAAUAACAUCAUUUGCAUCACUCGGCACGCAUGAUAUGAUGUCCUCCAAUUACUUUUUGACCAAACACACACACACGCCGAGCUUGCUGGAAGUUGCUGAAGUACGAGAUAUCGCCAGGAAGUAUAAAAAGACCGAAACACAAGUGCUUAUACGUUGGAUUCUAGCUAAAAAUUGUUCGGCUUUAUUGCGAAUGAGCAACUCCAGACGUAUGCAUGAAAUUAUGGGCAUAUAUGAUUUUAUCCUGGGAGAGGAAGAUGUCCAAAUAUUGGAUGCAUUAGAUAGGAACAUGCGUUGUGUAAAUUUUGGAUUUUUGAGUGGUAUUGAAAGUCAUCCUCAGUAUCCUUUCUAAGCUUUAGCUUCGAAGCUUAAUGGUAUAGCUUUAACAAUUAUGAUUUGGUUUGUCAACAACAAUAAAAUGAAAUAAAUGUAUUAAAUAA